CUGUGAAGACGAGUGUCAGCUGGUGGCCGGCACCGACAACCCCGCACGUCACCCUGAGCUCCGCGGCCAUGAUAAAUGAGGCUCCGGCGGGCGCGCACUGAAGGGGCCUCUCCGUCACCAGGAGGCCGCCGCCGCAUUUCCCAGCAUGCUCCGGGUUGCGCAUGCGCAUAAGACAGCGGGCUCAGGAAGAGGAAAAUAGGAAAACAGCCGAGAGAGAAAAAUAAGAAGAGGAGCAGAAGGAGGAGGGGGCGGGGAGGCUUUCCUUAUCACCUCCAGAGCCCCACUACAGGCCCAGGGCCUUCUCAUUUCAGCCAGCAGCGCCUGUGUCACACGGGGGCCCCCGUUCUUCCCCCUCCAUGCAGCAGUGACACGGGCCAUGAACAGCGGACUGAGCCCGGCCCCCUUGGCGGUGGGGGUUCCCGGGGUGAAGCUGAAGUUUUGCCGCUACUACGCCAAGGAUAAGACGUGCUUCUACGGGGACGAGUGCCAGUUCCUGCAUGAGGAGCCUCUGGGCAUCCAUGGCAACAGUCUGAUCGCCUACCCGCCUCAGCCUGUGCUCGCCCCGGGGCCCAAGAAGGUGGAGCUGGGGACCCUGGAGGGCCAGCGUCUAGCCACUGACUACGUUCCUGGAAUGGAUGGAGGUGCUUUACCAGAUACCAGUCUGACAGAUUCCUACUUCAGUACCAGUUUUAUCGGAAUGAAUGGAUUUGGAAGCCCUGCAGAAGCAAACUACCCACGCUUGCAGCGAAUGACAAACAGCAGCAGUUCUCCAAGCCUUCUCAAUGACAGUGCCAAGCCAUACGCAGGCCAUGAUCCUUUAGGCUCUCCAGCUUCCACACUGUUUAAUGACUUUGCUGGCUUAAGCAUUUCUCAAAGACGAAAGACUCCCAAUCCUACUGCCAGUGAGUUUAUCCCCAAAGGAGGAUCCACUUCCCGUUUAAGUAACAUGUCCCAGUCCAACAUGUCUGCCUUCUCCCAAGCGCUGUUCUCUCACCCCUCUAUGGGAGGUCCUAAUUCAGCUGCUCUUGCUCCAGGGAUGUCACUAUCUGCCGGGUCUUCACCUCUUCAUUCCCCAAAAAUCACACCACACACAUCUCCUUCCCCACGGCGGCGAAGUCACACCCCCAACCCAGCUACUUACAUGGUGCCGACUAGUGCCUCAACACCAGUUACUAACUCCGUUUCCCAGCCCCCAUCUGCAGGACAGGUUAUCCAAAAGGAGACUGUUGGAGGAACCACCUAUUUCUACACAGACACCACUCCAGCACCACUCACAGGAAUGGUUUUUCCAAAUUAUCACGUUUACCCUCCUACUGCUCCUCAUGUGGCUUACAUGCAGCCAAAAGCAAAUGCUCCUUCCUUCUUCAUGGCCGAAGAGCUCAGGCAGGAGUUAAUUAACCGUCACUUAAUAACAAUGGCUCAGAUUGAUCAAGCCGAUAUGCCAGGUGUACCUACGGAGGUUGACAGUUACCACAGCCUUUUCCCUCUCGAACCGCUGCCCCCUCCUAACCGAAUACAUAAGUCAAGCAAUUUUGGAUACAUUACAUCAUGCUACAAAGCUGUAAACAGCAAGGAUGACCUGUCCUACUGUCUGAGAAGAGUCCAUGGCUUUCGUCUGGUAAACACAAAAUGCAUGUCUUUGGUGGAUACAUGGAAAAAAAUCCAACAUUCAAAUAUUGUUACCUUACGAGAAAUGUUUACAACCAAAGCAUUUGGAGAGCAUUCCUUGGUUUUUGCAUACGACUUCCAUGCUGGAGCAGAGACCAUGAUGAGCAGGCAUUUUAACGAUCCCAGCGCAGAUGCCUAUUUUACCAAGAGAAAGUGGGGUCAACAUGACGGACCGUUGCCUCGUCAACAUGCUGGAUUGUUACCGGAGUCCCUCAUUUGGGCAUAUAUUGUCCAGUUGAGCUCAGCAUUACGAACCAUUCACACAGCAGGACUAGCAUGUCGUGUUAUGGAUCCAACUAAAAUUCUCAUUACUGGCAAAACCAGGUUACAUGUCAACUGUGUUGGAAUCUUUGAUGUUUUGAACUAUGACGGUAGUCAGAGUAAUCCUGUUGCUCUGAUGCCUCAGUACCAACAAGCUGACCUGAUCUCCUUGGGAAAAGUGGUACUGGCAUUAUCCUGCAACUCCCUGGCAGGCAUUCAGCGGGAGAAUCUGCAGAAAGCCAUGGAACUUGUGAACAUCAAUUAUUCCUCUGACUUAAAAAAUCUCAUCUUGUACUUAUUGACAGACCAAAACCGUCUGCGCAGUGUAAAUGACAUCAUGCCAAUGAUCGGUGCUAGAUUUUACACUCAGCUAGACGCUGCCCAAAUGCGUAAUGAUGUCAUAGAGGAGGACUUGGCAAAGGAGGUUCAAAAUGGACGCUUAUUCAGGCUCCUAGCAAAGUUGGGAACAAUAAACGAGAGACCAGAAUUUCAGAAAGAUCAAGCCUGGUCAGAAACGGGGGACAGAUACUUGCUGAAACUCUUUAGGGAUCAUCUUUUUCAUCCGGUGACAGAAGCGGGAACUCCCUGGAUUGACCUUAGUCAUAUUGUAUCUUGUCUUAAUAAGUUGGACGCUGGCGUGCCAGAGAAAAUUAGCCUCAUUUCCAGGGAUGAGAAGAGCGCACUUGUGGUAACAUACAGUGAUCUAAAACGCUGCUUUGAAAACACGUUUCAGGAACUGGCGGCAGCCGCGAACGGUCAGUAGUAUUCGCCUAACGCAUGCAGGACAUUGAGGAACUAAACCAAUAGCAAAUUGCACUACAGCUGAUAUGUCCUCAUCAUCUCACUUCACUUUCGGGAAUCAAACAGGAGAUGAGCAAAAGCUGCUUGCACAGUCAGGUACACUGUUACUUGAAGAGAAGGUUGUUUGGGUUAACCAUGUGCUACGGCUGCCAACGGAGGCUUUAUCUGUGAAGACGUUUCUUUUAAAUGCAGGAACCGCAUCAGGUGCAUGAUGUUCCUUCUUUUAUUUUUUGUUUUCCACUUGUAUGCACUACUUUUAAUUUGAAGACUCUGAUCUUUCUGACUGAAGGGAAAAAAAGGCUUUUUUUUGUUUUACAUUCUCAAAAAACAAAAUUCAGGGGCACAGUGUGUUCUUCACCAGUAUAACAAAAUAUGCUUAGUAUUUUUUUUGUGUCCUUCAUAUCAUAAACAGACCAGGUGGUGCAACAAUUCCAUGAACACUUUCUUGUCGACCCUUUGUAGAAUUAUGCUGUGCAGACCUCAUUAUCAAAAUUAGGAAACUGAUUUGGGCGCAUAGGAUCAACUCCAUGUUCUCCAAUUGUUGAAGAUGCAUCUGAGUUUAAUACCAAGCACCAACGAAACCCCUUCAACGAGCUGCAUUUUGUCUUAUCUCUCAAACACAACCAGCGCCUUUUGCAAGAUAAUGUACAUAGGUCUCCUGCUUGUCCUACACAUUUAUGCAAUUGUUUUGUAUGUUCUGUUGCUCUGAUAGCCACAAUGUUUCAGGAAUACAUCACGUAAAUGUGUUAUUGUUGUCAGAACCACAGCUUUACUAGUGUUACACUGGAUGCAGAGACACUGUUAAUGAAUGAUGCAAUGUUCUUCUGACAGACCCUCUUGGCAAACACAGAGGGGCAUUACAGCUUAGUAUCUGGUUGAGAACG